AAGGCCAAGAGUGGCUGUCAACAAAACACACCACGUCAAUGGGGGAGGAGCAGCACUAUUCCUAGCCGCCGCCACUCACUGCACGGGUACACAAUGGAAGCACACCACCUCGGGCAAGAUUUCAUAAAGACAGACCAAAUCACUGAUCUCUGGUCAUUCCUACAGACGAUUGACUGGAGUGAAGGCUGGCUGGUUGGUCUUGUGCUGUUCCAUGUCCUCCUCACCACCGUCACCGUGAUGACCCGCAACCACCACACCACCCAGGCCAUCCUCUUCUUCCUGCUGCUGCUCAGCGUGCGCUCCUCAGAGACAAUCAACCAAUAUGCUGCAAAGAACUGGCAGUCCUUCAGCCGACAGCAGUAUUUUGACUCCCAGGGCCUUUUCAUAAGUGUAGUGUUCUCCAUGCCUGUCCUCUUCAACUGCAUGAUGAUGGUGAUGAACUGGCUGUGGCUGAGCAGCAGCAUGAUGGUGACAUGGAAGAAGGCAGAGCUGGAGGCCAGGAUGCACCGGCAGAGUGAAAGGGAAAGGUUGACUCAGCCAACACAGUCAUCAACAGAGGCCAAGAAGACCAAAUGACUCAUCUUCAGGAUGGUUUGAUGCCUUAUGCCCAGGAGUCGGAGGUUAGACAUUAACUACUAUAUGUUUAUAAAGAUCCCUGGGCUGACUUUUAUUCCCUGCUUGCUUUGCUGGAAUCUUUAUAUAUCUUUUGAUUUAUAGUGAAAGCUAUUGUGUCAUGUAGUUUUUACGUAUGUAUAUUGGGGGUUUAGGGCAAACAGGUACAGCAGCCACAGGAAGCUCAUAGGUGUUGCAGCAGAGGAAGGAAAUGAAGGGGAAAGGGAAGGCUGGUCUAUAAAGUAGGUGAUAAAAAUUCAUAUUUGUUCAGAUAUUAAGUCAAAUUUCCAUUUUUUAUGUAUAAUUAUGUAACCAGACAUAAGUAAUCUAGCUGAGAAAAAGCAUAAUUAUCACUGUUAAGACUGUUAUUUCUGGUGCAGAUUUAUCAUUAAUUUUGGGUAAUUCCAACACUGUCACUGACUGACGAUUUAGUGGUCAGCAGAUGACUCGCUGCACACACAGUCUUGACCUGCCUGGGCUGCUUGUCAAAUGUUCCCAUUUUGUAUAGUCUGUAUAAAUCUCUUUCUGCAUUGUUCCCAAGUAGAUUAGUUAUUCAGUGGCCAAGAAUUCCAAAACAGUCACUAGAAGUCUUUAAGGCACUGCUUAGCUAAUAGCAUACAACAUGCUUCCACAUGUGUCCUAAAACAUCACUGCAGGGAGGCAGGAAUCCACUAUCAGGGCAACACUGCUCGUGGUGUACUUUUCAUAUGCCCUAAUUUCACUUACCAAGCUGGGUUGUACAAGAGGCUAAGCUGAUAUGUAGAGGAUCAGGUCAAGUGAUCAAUAAGCUUUGUAGCUACAAGUGUCGUGGUCCUCUUGAGUGUCAGCUGUGGACGUUCUGCGUUGGGAAGUGAGGUAAGGACAGAUGCCACUUGAGUCCAUUACAUGCACCACCAAGGAUGACACUCUUCAUAUCUCCACACCUUUUGUGCCAAUAUUUCUCUCAGUUUGUACACCCACUUUAAACAAUGCAAGCACAGGUAUUUGCUGUUCCUCAUCAGUGUACUCUUUAUAUAUUUUUAUUUUACAACAGUGUGUAUUUUGUCAACAAUGCUGCCACUAUUACUACUAAACUACUAUUACUACUACUACUACUACUACUACUACUACUACUACUACUACUACUACUACAAAAGUUUACCUUAUGGUCAAAAACUAGCACACACUUAUAUGUCAGCAAGUCACUGGAAUGUAUCAGUUUCCGUCAUGGAUUUGAUGAAAGUGUCUUUGAGCAUAAUAUAACAAUUGAACUUCAUCCUCAGAAUCUCUUAUCAGUAAUUCUCUCUCUCUCUCUCUCUCUCUCUCUCUCUCUCUCUCUCUCUCUCUCUCUCUCUCUCUCUCUCUCUCAACCCCUUAUUUUAUCCUCUUUUUCUCUCCAACCUUUCUUUCACUUUUCUGUCUUUUUCCUCUCCUAUCUACCCUUCUUUUUCUUCUCUUUCUCUGCCCUACCCCUCUUUGUCCCUCUCAUUUCCUUUUCCUCUCUUGUAUCUUCCCCUCCUUCUUUCUUCCUCUUUCUCUCUUCUGUCCCUUUUUGUUCUUCUUUCUCUUUCCUCUCCUAUCCAUCUACUCCUUUCUCUUCUCUUUCUUAUUUCUACCUCAUUCUUGUUCUUCCUUCUCCUUUCUCUCGUAUCUAUCUACUCUGUCUCUACUUUCCCUCUUUUACCUCUCUUCAUUUUUUUCCUUCUCUUUCCUCUCAACUCCUUUUUCUCUCUCCUAUCCUUCUUUACCCUUCUUCGUUUUUUUAUCCACUCCUGUCUAUCUUCCUCACUUUCUCUCCGCUUUCUCUUUUCUACCUCUUUUUUUUCCUUUUCUUUCCUCUCUUUACUAUCCACUCCUCUUCUCCACUCUUUCUCUCUUCUACCUCUCUUUGUUCAUUUUCUCCUCUUUCUCAUUUCUGCCUCUCUUUCUUCCUACUCUUUCCUGUCUUUUCUAUCUAUUCCUCUUCCUCUUUACUUUCUUCCUUCUGUUUCCUCUCUGAUCUCUCAACUCUUCUGUCUCUCCUAUCCUUCUUUGCCCUUCUUCCUUUUCUUUCCUAACCUGUCUACCUUCACUUCACGCUCUCCUCUUUCUCCUACUCCUAGCUUAAUGUUAGUCUAAAGGUUUCAUCAUAUGCAUAUAAACCUCAGCCUUCCAUAGUAAUAUCACAGGUGUAUUGAGGGGUGGUGAAAACUUGCUGGACUUUUGCAUAGAUAUUGCCACUUUCAUAAACAAGCUGCCUAGUAAGUCAUUUUUCCUAUUUCUCUUUUUAUUCUAUUAUUUUUGCUAUUAUUCCUCCAGUGUUUACUUCUUCCUCCUUCGCCUCCUCCUUUUCUUCAUGUUCCAUCAUCUUAUUCAACUUCAUUUCCCCCUCCUUGCUCCUCCUCCACAUUAUUGUUCUUUUUGUCAAUUUCUCAUUUGUCUUAUGCUACAGGCAGAAAUGUUGAAAGGCAGAUUUUAGAACACUCACACCCUGGAUGACAAAGGCAGCUUUACCUAAAUGUGCAGCACAAAAUGAAAAGUUGAUCGUGCCAAAACAUCUGGAAAUCGCUGAAAGGUGACCUACGCUGUUUGUUUACGAGGGUGGUGAUAUCUUAACACCAAUCAGACAGAGUGGCUCUUUGUGAACCCCUCAGCCUGAGCACGGCCAAAUGGGUCAGGUGUGAAUGAGGGGCUGUUGACCUCCAAGCAUUGAAAUGAUAUAUAAAAGUAAUGAUUUUGUUGUGUGAGGAAAAGUAAUUUGUAAUUUAGGUUUAAUAUAUUUUUUGUGUCAACUUCAAAUCUUAUUAAAAAAUUAUAUCAAUAAUAAUGAAAACAACAGCAACAACAACAAUAAUAAUAAAGUAUGUAAUUUGCUGACAAAUCCUAAUAGUAAUUACCAUCCUCAAUUACCUUGUCUUACUUACCAUUGUUGUAAUAGCAAAUGUUUUAAUGGUAUGUAAUUUAGAAGGUGAGAUCAAUUAUGAUAAGGUAUUAUAUGAUUAUUUUAUUAGUAUUAUUAUAUAUAAUUAUGUAAUUAGUGUUGUAUAUCAAACCUUAAAUUCCUGCCUUUCAUAUCUCUCUCUCUCUCUCUCUCUCUCUCUCUCUCUCUCUCUCUCUCUCUCUCUCUCUCUCUUUAUAAAGUUCUACAUAUAUAAUUUUGAAUCACAUUAUAGAUAUAUAUAUAGUUUUCAAUCCCUCUAUAAAUAUUUGUGCACAUUAUAUUUGGUCCCUUUCAGCUUUUUUUUUUACAGCUAAGGAGACAGUUCAAGGGAAAAGAAAAAAAAAGGAAACAAUAAUGAAGAAAAAGCCCACUACUCACUGCUCCUAAAAAGAGUCCAGAGGAGUGGCCGAAAGAUAGGUCAGUUUCGGGAGGAGAGGUGUCCUGAUACCAUCCUCUUCAAAGAGUUCAAGUCAUAGGCAGGAGGAAAUACAGAUGAAGGAAGAUUGUUCCAGAGUUUACCAGCAUGAGGGAUGAAAGAGUGAAAAUGCUGGUUAACUUGUAUGUAAGGGGUUUGGACAGUAAAGGGAUGAGCUUGAGUAGAAAGUUGUGUGUGGCGAGGCCGCGGGAGGGGGGGGAGGCAUGCAGUUAGCAAGUUCAGAAGAGAAAUUAGCGUGAAAAUAUUGAUAGAAGAUAAGAGAGGCAACAUGGCAGCGGAAUUUAAGAGGCAGAAGACUAUCAGUAAAAGGAGAGCUGAUGAGACAAAGAGCCUUAGACUCCACUCUGUCCGAAAGAGCUGUGUGAGUGGAGCCCCCCCACACGUGAAAUGCAUACUCCAUACGAGGGCGGACAAGACCCCUGUAUAUGGAUAGCAACUGUGCAGGGGAGAAGAACUAGCGGAGAUGAUAUCGAACGCCCAACCUCGAGGAAGCUGAUUUAGUGAGAGAGGAGAUAUGAAGUUUCCAGUUAAGAUUUUUAGUUAAGGAUAGACCGAGGAUGUUUAGUGUUGAAGAAGGUGAUAGCUGAGUGUUUUUGAAGAAUAGGGGAUAGGUGUUACUUGGAUUAUAUAUAACAUUACUUUUACCAUGAUUUUUGUGUGCUAUUACUUACUAUAUUUGCCCUCUCCCUCACCUUGAAUGUUACUGUCUGCCUUUUAAUUAUCCUUAUAAUCCUUCCUCACCUCCUCCUAGCCUCCCCUCUUCCUUGUUUCUAAAUAUGAUAUGUAUGAUGAAAAGUAAAGUUUGAAAAUAAAAUGUACACGUGUUCUUAA